AUGUCAAGAGUUGUCAAUUCUAGACCAUAUAAAAAUCAACGUCCUAAUAGCACCUAUCUAUUCAACUUGAAUCAGCUUUUCGUUACUUUAUCCUCAAACGCCACCCGGGAGAAUGGAUUUUACAACUACACUGUUGGCAGCGGCCCUCCCAACACCGUCUACGGUCUCUUUCUAUGUAGGGGCGAUGUUAAGGCUGAUGCCUGCCAACAGUGUGUGGAAACUGCUACAAGUGAAGUCCUACAACGUUGUCCCAAGGAAAAAAGGGCAACUAUCUGGUACGACUAUUGCACGUUACGCUACUCGAAUGAAUCUUUAUUCUCCAGGCCGGAGCAGUCGGUCAGUUCAACCCUGUCUAAUAAGAAGAACAUUACAGAUGAACCCGACAGGUUCAGACAAUUAUUAGGAGAAACUGUGAAUGAAGUAGCAUCAGAAGCUGUAAAUAAUAAUCCCUCCGGUGAGAAGUUUGCUACAAAAAUAGCUAAAUUCACGGCGUCUGAAAGCCUGUAUACACUGGCACAGUGCAUGCCAUAUCUUACGAGUGGUGAUUGCGACUUCUGCCUUAAAAUUGCUAUCCCACAAUUAAAAACAUGUUGUGAUAAUAAGAAAGGAGGAAGAGUUAUUGGUGAAAGCUGUAAUAUUAGGUACGAGGUUUACUCCUUCUUUAGUUCUACUGUGGCCCCUGCACCACCGCGUACUCCAAAUAUUCCUCCUAUUCAGCCAUCGCCUUCCUCACCUUCUUCAACCAGUCAAGGAAAUGGAGGAAUUUCAAAACAAGUUAUUAUUGCCAUCGUUGUACCAAUUCCUGUUUCCUUUGUGUUUUUUUUCAUAAUCCGCUGCUUCGUGACAAGGAGAACAAGGAAGAAAGCUUACGAUGCCUUCAAUGAGGAAAAUGACGAAGGAAACGAGAUUUCGUCAGUUGAAUCCUUGCAAUAUGACUUGAAUGCUAUUGCGCUAGCUACCAACAACUUUUCCGCUGACAACAAAAUUGGUGAAGGAUUAGAGCUUAAAAAAUCAACGGCUAUUGAUGUACAGUCUUGGAAGCUUUGGAGAGACAAUAGACCGUUGGAAUUGAUGGAUCUAACAUUACAAAACGCGUAUGCUAGUAAUGAAGUAAUUCGAUGCAUUCAAAUUGGCUUGCUGUGUGUUCAAGAAGAUGCUGAUGAAAGACCAAACAUGGCUUCAAUACUUUUGGCGCUCAAUGGUUAUUCGGCCCCUCUUGCUAUUCCUCGUCAACCGGCAUUUUUUCAUAGUAGUAAAACACAGAGCUUGCCCAUAGUGCAAGAUUUGGACAAAUCCACGUCAAACUUGGCAGCCUUCUCUCCAAAUGAAGUAUCAAUUACUGAAUUACAUCCAAGAUCGUAA